CAACUGGAGUGAAAACGUAUCCAGCAACUCGUUUUCGACUAUAUCGUUCACUCAACAGGAAUUCCACACUGACAUGGAGGUGACGUGGAUCGUGCUCGUUCUGACAGUGUUCCAGUCGGAGGCCGCUUCUUUGCAGGGACGUAAGGCGGGCCACCUCACAGGCGAAGUGGUCGCCAUAUACGAGUGCCCGGAUUUUGAGGGAAACAGUUUUCGAUUCGGCCGGAAUCUAACCCGGCUCAAAGGCCCCAAUGGCGAGUUCGGCGCGUCAACAAGUUUUGAUGUGUUGAGGGGAACGAAAUCCAUAACCAAGGGCAACAUUCGCUUUGAAUUUUGCUCUCAAGGAGUGACAAAGAUUUGCGAGAACUACAGUAACUGGCGGAUUGGCAAAGACGGCUGCGCAUUGUGGACCAACAAGUUCACAAUGUGGAACAAAUUUGUAGACACUAUUCAUCCCAGAUUCGAGUGCCCAUUCCGAGAGGGCCACUACGUUGUGACCAAUGCGACGCUCGAUGUUCGGAAGUUGGAAUUGAUUGCCGUGGAGGACCGAGAGUGGAUUGCGACCGUGCAAGCGUACGGCGACAAAGAGGAACCUUGGGUCUGCGCUGUCUUCCACGUCAAGUUGUACCGCACCGGGCGGCGCAGGGCACCCUUGUAGCACGAGCACUUCCAACAACGCCAACUGCGUGCGGAGUUGCUUCGAUCAAUCGAUUGCUCUGCUUCUUCACAGUAAAAACUCGACGAAGAUUCGCUUCGUAAUACGAGGAAAAUGAAGGCAUUGUAAAAUCUACGAAGAAAUGCUUCAUAUUAUGGAGCAAAAUCCUUCGUAAUACGAAGCAUUUCUUCAUAAUACGAAGCAAUUCUACAACGCCUUCAUUUUCUUUGUAGUUACGAAGCAAAUGCUUCGUAGGCUUUUAAGGGUGUUGAUAAAAGACAAGACCACUCCAGAUCUUGCGAAUAAGAUUGACUGAGAGUGCUGUGAAAUUUUUUGAAACAGUCAUGCCAAGAUGGAUCGUCGCAACAAAGUUGAAGGCAACGCAUCAUAGAGAGGGGAGCAGCGAGCAGCCACGUCGUGUUCUGUUAGCUGCCGACGCCUGGCUGCAUUCACUCACCAUUUAUAGAGAUUUCAAGUGCCUGACUAUAUCUAAAAAAAAAAAA